AUGGCAUCUAAAGACUCAAAGGAGCAGCCACCAGCCCCACCAAUAGAAAAUACAUAUCUUCUUCCCUCUCAAGUAUUCCCAGUUACUGCAGUUCGUCGUGUUAUUGAGAAACUCAUGUUAGAAACAUUUCCAGAAGAUAAGGGUAAAGGCAAAGAUGUCAUUAAAGGCCCAACAUACGAAUCAUUCGGAGAUGUUACAAACUUCCUCCGUCCUCUUACAACAAAAUUCAAGGAUGCUCUCGAACAACCAGGCGUAUUGUGCCCAGAAAAUGUUAAAAGCAGAUUCAAAUUUGUCGUUCAGCUUACAAUUAGUGAGAAGAUUGGCCAGGCCCUCUACAUGGGCUCUGCAUGUCUCUGGGAUAUGGAACAUGAUAACUAUGUUACUUACACUGUCGAAAGACCAACUUUCACUGCAAAUGCCACUGUUUAUGGAUGCUUACUUGAGUAA